UCAGCCUGGCUCUGUUUUUACCGUCUGCUCCUCCUGUGCUACGGCUGCUGUAGGGCCCCUAAAAGAUUCUUCUCAACUGCCUCCAAAUCAAUGAGACUCACGCAAGUUGACUGUGGUAGUUUCUCUUUUUUGGGGAGGGGGAAUAACCUACUUUCAGUGAAUAGUGGAUAUGGUCUACCCACCCAUACAGACUAUGCACCAUUUUACGCAGGUUUAUUGUUUCCAUUUUAUGGCAGUAUGAAAUAGGCUAUCGAUUUAACUUGUCCUAUUUCAACUUUUGCCAAGAUUGGAUUUUUAAACGAGCUGGGCUGGGCAUCUCCGGCCGACCCGCCUGGGAGCGAGAGGAUCACAGGGACUGUGUGACUCGCAGGUCGGAGUGCGCAAAGCAACGCGCCCCUGUGAUUCAUCCGCAGUUUCCAGACGGUGCGCAGGUGGAGGAGGCGAAGAGGAGAGGAAGCAGCCGCGCAGGACGGACGGAUGAAACGGCCAGGGAUGUUCAAUACGCGCAACAUUUAUUCCACCUAAGGAACGAACUGUUUUUUCUUCCCCCUCUCUCGGUGUUGCAUUGAAUUGGAACCACUGGCUUGAUUUGGCGCAGCUGUAACCCAUUUUUCCUCCAUGACAAAAGUUUGACUGUUAAAAAAUGAUGUUCUGCUCCGCUCCUGAUUUUUCAUGCAAUGCUGUGGAUUCCGGCGUCAGCGUAAGUGGCCAGUCAUCACUUGAGAAAUAGCUGCGAUUCUUUCGGUCUUAAUUUCGGUGCCAAUUCCAGCAAACAGAGGGCUUUUAUUCUCGCACAUCAUCAUUCGCCGGGAUUGCAUCCAUUUGAAUUAAUGUCGCACUCCAUAAUGGACUUCCUCGGACUGUACUUCUUACAGCUGGCUCUUAUUGGAGUCCCACGUAUGGCUCUCUCUGUGGGCGGGAGGGACUGCCUGCGUGCCGGAGACACCUGCUCCAGCGACGACACCUGCAGCCCACGACUGCGCACCCUCAGGCAGUGUGUGGCGGGGGACGGCAGUGUGAAGCUGGGGCCCGGGGCGCGAAACCAGUGUGAGAAUGCCAUGACGGCACUGCUGUCCACCCCUCUGCACGGCUGCCAAUGUAAACGAGGCAUGAAGAAGGAGAAGAACUGCCUGAGCAUCUACUGGAGUCUGCACCAGUCUGUGCUGCACGGACUCAGCCUGGUGGAGAGCUACCCAUAUGAACCAGAGGAGAGGGGCUCUGACUACGUCCGCCUGGCCUCCAUCGCCGCAGAGUCUGAAGUAACGACGGUGAACCGCUGCCUGGAUGCUGCCAAGGCGUGUAACAUAGAUGAGACGUGUCAGAAGCUUCGUACAGAAUACGUCUCGGCCUGCAUCCAGCCAUCAGCCCGCUCGGGGCCAUGUAACCGACCAAAGUGCAACAAGGCACUGAGGAAGUUUUUUGACCGUGUUCCCCCUGACUACACCCACGAGCUGCUGUUCUGUCCCUGCACCGACACGGCCUGCGCAGAGCGCCGGAGGCAAACCAUCGUGCCGUCCUGCUCCUAUGAAGACAAGGACAAGCCCAACUGUCUGGCUCAGCUGCGGAUCUGCAAGGCAGACUAUGUGUGCAGGUCUCGCUGGGCACAGUUCCAGUAUGAUUGCCAACCCUCCGAGCAGAGCGCCAGUGGCUGCAAGCAGGAGAACUACGGAGCAUGUCUACUUGCGUACACCGGCCUGAUAGGAAGCACAAUAACUCCCAACUACCUUGACAACUCCACAUCCAACGUGGGACCGUGGUGCUCCUGCGCAGCGAGUGGCAACCACAGGGAACAAUGCAACGACUUCCUCACUUUUUUCCAUGACAAUGUCUGCCUGAAAAAUGCCAUCCUGGCCUUCGGGAAUGGUUCUGAUGUGAAAACGGGUGCCAGCCAGCCCGGGAUGCCCAGUCCAGCGACGGACAACCAGAUCCCAUUCUUGGCAACCACCGCCCCGGGCGUCUCCAUGGAAACAGAGCAGAACAUUCUGCGAGCACAGAUACCUACUCAGGUGAACGAGAACGACAGAUUGUGGGGCGAUGAGGAAGACUCUACUCUUCCGUCUCCAGGCCUGUCGGAUCGCGGAGUCGAGCCCGUCUGCCUGUCCCUGCUCUUAGGCCUCGGCUGGCUGCUGUCCACCCUCCUGCUGCUGCUCUCUGACUAAUAAGAGGCCUCGCUCACUUGGCCUCCAUGGACAAAACUCCAGACCUGGGGGGGAGGGUGGGGUUGAAAGAGAGAAAGAGCCAUUUCUAUGUGUCAAAUGACAGUGGGGGAAAGGGUCGACUUUGUCCUGCCCCGCUCCCCUCUCCCUCUCUGUCACAAAAAUCACACUUAAUCUCUUUUUGUGAAUCAUGACUCAGAGCAGAUGUGUUGUGCUGUGCAGCCCACGCCCCUUGUGAUGACCACCAAAAAGGGUGCCGCUACUGCACCACUGGGGGGGGGGACCAGGAAGUACACACCUCAUUUCUUGCUUCACGCCUGCACAAACACAAACUGUUACAAGCGACACACACGCAGACUUUGCUCAUCUGAAUAUAAUGUCCAAGUUACAGUGAAAAGGGCCAGUGGGUUCAGAAGGUGUACAGUGAAGAGACACUGAAGAUGCAGUGGAGGAAAACUAUUAAAAAAUCUAUAUAAAAACAAAAAAAAUUAUCUUUUUUUGUCCUUGAACAUUCCUUGGUGUAAAAGAAAAAUAUUAAAUGUUAAGACUUUUCUCUCAGAUGAGCUGUGAUGAAGUGUUCCAUGAAAUUUAAGGUGGAUGUGUGUAUGUCCUACCACAUGCAGCACUCUGCUCAUUCAGCUUUGCUUUUUAUUUCAACGCCACAGUUUUCAUUUUAAUUUCACAAAAUUUUAUUACCUGAAAUGUUAGAUGGACACACAUUACUAUCGAGUCAAAUCACAAUGAAAUUCUUUGACUGUUUGCUGUUGUGUUUUAAGUUGCAGGUAUGAAGAGUUCAUUUCCAAAUAAAAAAAAAUAUAGAAAAAAUUAUAAUUGAAAUUUAACAAUAUUAAGAAGAUCUCCCAAAGUCUGUGAAUGUGUUAUUUUGUUGAACAAGGACCUACAUUACUUAUUAGCCUUCAAUGUAUUGUAAAUUGUUUUAAUUUUAAUGCUAUAAAUCAUUUCACAUGAGCAGAUGUCAUUUUUUUUGCAAAUGGUGGAUACCUCACUUUGGAAGGGGACUCUUCAUAUUCAUUCAUUAAGCUUUAAGUGUGAAGGCCUGAAAAAUGUGUGGGUCUGUUUCUCUUCAGAAAUGUAAAAAAAACAUUAUAUGGUUUUGGUGAAGUAACAAGAGAUGGAGACGAGUUUCUAUUUUUUAAAUGUAUAUGUGGACUUUGCCGCAGAGAAAACGGAUAUCUAUCAACAAGUUUGUGACCAAUCAUGCUUUGCCGCCGGUAACUUGUGUUGGCUCACUACCUGCUGGGACUCUUUCCCUCAACUUGGGACGAUUUACAAAAUGUACUGUAAAGCACAGCUCUGCUUUGUGGAGCGGAUAUGUCUAUAAAGUGUGAAACGUAUGGUGAGAGACCAAGGUGGUUUAAGAGCAAAAAUCUCUUAACAGGGAAUGUGUCAUCUUCAGUACUGCCAUUGAGUCUUGCCAUUCAGUUAUCUGAAGAAACACCCAUUUGUUUCACAGCAUUGUUAAAUGACACAACAUAUGCUGGUUUUAACACAAAGAAAGAAAAGGCGUUGCUACAAGCAGACCUGAUGAAAAUGACACAUUCUGUUUCACAGUUGGACCUAACAAAGCUAACACACUAUAAGCUCAUAAUAUUGUCAUAACAGCACAAGAGUUGUUGGAUUUUGCCUGCCAAGUUCUACAAGAGGGAAAAAAUUGUUUAUGGUUCCUCAGUCAUGCCUGUGUAGAUCUGAAAUUAGGGUUUAAAGGGCCUGGUCACUACACAAUAUUUUCUCACUUACCUCUAAUGGUAUCUAUAGUUUAGUUGUGUUUGUCCAGCUUUCACAGAAUUGUGUGCUCGGUUACAAACAAGGCCUAAUCUAAUGUUGAAUCACAAGAUCAUUUUGUUUUGAGUUUCAGGUUAUAGAUAGGUCCAAUGCAGUCACAAAAGCAUUUUACUGCCCAUACAAUUCCUACUCCCAAAUACUGUUUCUUGUUUCCAACAUACAGUGUAUGUAAUUAGGCAUAUUAUUAGCCCAUUUUCUAACUUGUUUGAAGCAGUGUCAACUCUUUUUUUGGCCACCUCUCACUAUAAGUGUCCUUUAGACUUUUGACUCAAUGUUAAUAUGAAUAUAGUCACUGUCUGGUGGAAACGUUGCGUGUCCAUCACCGUUACUUUUCAGGAAACUAAAAACUACUCAUUUAACAUUACCAAUGUUACCAUUUUGCCAACAAAUACAACAUAAGUUUAGCUCCUCAGCCAACUUAACUCAGUGCCAACUUAACAUGGAACCUGGUGGACCUCUGUUAUUUAUGAUGUGGUUUAACGGAUCACUUGUCACAGUUGCCUAAUUAUGUUGCUUGAAAAGGGGAAAAUGCUGUGCUCACUGAAAACAAUAGAAGCUGAAUUGGAAUUAGCUUGUGACAGUUUUUCAUCAGUUGUAGUGGCUGUGAAAUCAAUUUCUAAACAUCGUAUAUGAGCCCGGUGUUUUAAUUGACCAAUGAGGUUUCCUCCCAACAGCAACAAUAUGUUGAUUAGUGCAGCUUUAAUAUGCUACUUAAUGGUAUAUUGUGUAAAACAAAUGUAUCACUACAGCAAAGCUAGCCUGGAGAUAAUAACUUCGUAAGCGUUGUCAGUGGUCACAGUAGUAGAACAUUAUGUGACUCUAACAGUAAUACUUAUGCUGUGGCAGCAACAUGUGAUCAUAUGUUAAGAUUUGGCUGCUCUGUACUGUUGAUACCCUUAUGUUUCAGCAGUGAACACUAUUAAAUGCAGUCUCAAGCAAUUGGCCACAAACUUGUCUUAAAAGAGAGAAGAAGAAAGAGUCCCUGCAAAACUGUCCACACUAAGGUCUGUGGAUUCACCAGACUAACUGGGACUUUGCUAAUGAAAAGACUUAUUGAGUUUUUUUGGGGGGGGUGGCAGCAGAAUUUUAAAAGGCAGAUAUCUGUGAGCUUGGGAACAUAAAAUUAAAUCGUUCUGCAUGGCUAGAUUCAGUGCCACAAGAUAUAAGUGAGAAAAUGUUUUUUUGUGAAUUGUGUGAACUAACCCUUUAAACUUUCAACUAAGAAAAUCACAAAAACUGCAGUCAUGUGGUUUCCUGGUGAUAAGAGUCUGAGUGAUACCUCUGGUCUUCACAAAGCCUCUGUCUCUUAUCAUGAUGUGUCACCAGCCGAACUCUGUUGCCCCAUUUUGAUUUGUCCUGUGCUUUAUCAGUCAGUGGACGUGCCAUCUCGUCCUCUGGCGUCGUGAGGUGACUGACCAACCCUGUUCCCUGUUCAUCUGCACAGGCAGAAUCCCAGAUGUGACAUGUGUCACUUCCUGCAAAUAAAGAUGACACUGUAAAUGGAGGUGAAUUCUGACCACUUUUCUUGUGCAGAGUGGAGGGACUUUUUUCACCUGUCUAGAAAUUUUUGGUCCCAUGACAAGAUGUGACUCUUGACCCCGAUCCAGACUCAUCUAAUUUCAGCAUCACCUCUCUGCAUUUCAGAGGAAGUACUCAACCUUUUCCUCCCUCAAGCAGUGCCCCUGGCAUUCAGUUAAAGUCCAUUUUUCAUCACACACAGGGAGUGAUUUGUAAAGAUGUUAUAGUAUAGUGUAUAUACUACACAGUGUAUACCAUAUAUAUGAUGUCUAUAACAUUCAUACCUUGGGUAAUAAUAAAAAGGAUUUUAUCCAAA